CGGACACUCAUAUCAUCCUGGGUUCAAUGCUUUUUUGAAACAUGGGAAUGGUGGGGGUGUACCGCACGCAUUACGCGUGAUACGAUAGGCUAGUCAUGUGCUCGGUGAACAAUAAACAUGGCGUCAAUCAUUAAAGAUACUGGUGAAAUUUGGACUAGAUUAUUCGAUCACCGACCAUUCAUUCAAGGCGAAGUCACAUUUUUUUUGCGAGAAUUCCAAGAUAGACGAGAUGAUCGAGAAGUUUGUAGGCUAUUUAAAAUAUUAGAGUAUUCCACGGAACUAGGACAGAAUCGCUUAGAUCGUGCUGAAACUCUUGGUGAUCAACAUUUGCCCAGCUUGAAAGCUAACUUGGACGUGGCCCUUAGCAUGUGCGAGUGCGUUCUUCAAAAAGAAAACGAAUUUGAUAGUGAUAGCAAAUUACAAGACAAUAGAGAAGUGCGAAGAAGUGAGUGGCAAAAGUUCAUCAAUGAUAUGACCGAUAAGUGUUCAAAAGUUGAUGACGAGUUUAUGAAUAAAGAAAAAGAAUUGCAAGAAUAUUAUCAAGACUUAGAACAAAAGUUACAUAUUGCAUCUUAAAUUCCCAGCUC